UUUUUGUCAUAAAGAUGUUUUAAAAUAGAAAUUUUACAAAAAACAAAAUGGUUUCAACAAGUACACCAAAACCAAAAGGAUCAUCAAGAUCAUCACGCAGUCGAACACCAUCACGUAUUCCAACACCAGCUAUAAAAAAAUCUAAAUAUUUAUCAUCAACAUCAAAAUCAAAUCGUUCACGAACACCAACAAGAUCAAUAAUCAUGACAUCAACACCAAUGAUGACAAAACAGAAAAAAUCCAAACCCAGUAGCAGCAGUAAAAAAGAAUGGAAAACAAAAACACCGAAUAAAAAAUCUGAUUUUGAUGAUUUUGUUGUUGGAUCAGCGAAGAAAAAAAGUGUAAAAAAAUCACAUGGAAAAAAACGUAAAUCAAUUGUUGUUGCUGACGAUGUUUAUGAUGAUGAUCUGGAUAUCGACAACGUUAUGGAUGAUUAUCGACCUUCUAAAAAAACACCAUCAAGAAAAAAAACAUCAUCACAAAAAAAAUCACCAUCACGAAAUAAAUCAACUGGCAAAAAAAGCAUUGUUUCGCCAAUCAUCGAAUUCGAUGAUGAUGAUAAUGAUGUUUAUGAAGAACAUUUAUAUGAAGUACAUGAUUCAAAUACUGGACUAUCGUCACCAUCAUCAUUGGUAAGACGUUCUAAACGUAUCCGACAUCAUCAUCCACAACAACAAUUGAAUUCAAUAAUUGAAGAACAAUCUAUUGAAUUUAAAUCAAUUAGCAACAAUAAAAAUGAUACAAAUCAAUCAAUCAAUGGUCAAAAAGAAUCACAAUCAUCCAAUAAUAAUCUUGUUACAGAUAAAUGGAAUUGGUUUGGUUGUAGUAUUAUGUAAUUGGGCAUCACAAUCAUAAUCCAGAAACACUUAUUGAAUUGAGUUUUUUUUUCGUUCUCGAUCUCGAUUUCAUAUUAUUUUCGAUUCGACACUUGCCAUUCACAAACAUUUAAAAUUCAUUUCAUUCAUUCAUUUGUUAUCCAUAAAUAAUAUCAUAAUAUAAUCUUAAUCCAAAUAUCUAGAUUCAUAUCUUUAGUUCGAAC